CAAACCGAACACGGGCGUCACCGGGAAGACACAAACGUUGUCUCCCAGUUGAACACAAUUUCUGACAUUUAUCGGCAAUCAUCACCGUCAUCACAAUGGCCGUUGCCCAGAAGCGAAGGAGCGACAUGACCCCGGAGGAACUGUCAGCUCUGGAGAAGGAAGAGUUUGCCACGGGGCCCUUACGCAUUCUUAACGAGAGUGUGCAGAACAAUACCCAGGUUCUCAUAAACUGCAGAAACAACAAAAAACUUCUCGGAAGAGUGAAGGCUUUUGACCGACACUUCAACAUGGUUUUGGAGCAAGUCACUGAGAUUUGGAUGGAGCAGCCUAAGACAGCCAAGGGGCAGAAGAAGGCCAAGCCAGUUAACCGAGAGAGGUACAUACAGAAGAUGUUCCUCAGAGGUGAUUCCGUCAUAAUUGUUGUCAAAAACCCACUCGGAAGUCAACAGAAUGCUUAGAGAGAGUGAGAGUGAAAGUGAGAGUGAGUGAGAGUGUGAGUGUGUUUACCAAGGAAGGUGUGUAAGUGAGAGAGAGAGAG